AUUGAGACAAAACAUGAAAUUCACCAAUUAAGGGUUCCGCCGCGGAGACACGUGAAGGUCGGUGAGUUGGUGCGGAGUUUGUCUCGGCACGCGUGGCCGCGCUGGGAUGGCGUCCUCCUCGUCUUCCUCCGCAGCGGGUUUGGGCUCGGUCGACCCGCAGCUGCAGCAUUUCAUCGAGGUAGAGACUCAGAAGCAGCGCUUCCAGCAGCUGGUGCACCAGAUGACGGAACUUUGUUGGGAAAAGUGCAUGGACAAGCCUGGGCCAAAGUUGGACAGUCGGGCUGAGGCCUGUUUUGUGAACUGCGUUGAGCGCUUCAUUGAUACAAGCCAAUUCAUCUUGAAUCGACUGGAACAGACCCAGAAAUCCAAGCCAGUCUUCUCAGAAAGCCUUUCUGACUGACCUGAGUAUUACCUCUCUGGAAAAGGAAGGUAGUUCAAGAAAUGAAGAGCAGUUGAUGGGAUGGUUGAAGAAAAGGCUGUGGGGGGAUCGGCUCCCACCUUUGUCACUCUUGGGACAUCCUGUCAUCUGAGAAUGAACAAAGACCAAUUUUUGUGUGUGGGGGUGGUUUGAGGGUCAAAUGUGUUUGGGGUUGUGUUUUUUAAUGCUAAUCUUGAGAAAACAAUUGACAGAUGAAUGGAAAACUCUACUAGGUGUAUGUUGCUGUAUGUGGGACGAUGCUUUCCUCAUAGUCCCAUUAACUGCUUCCUAUAAUUUUAAUAGUGGAACUGCUCUAUAAUUUGAUAUGUGGGACCACAUAGGUAAUAAUCUGUUAUUUGUGUGGCUUCCUUUCAGAUUUCUGGAGAGAUCGAUAUACAUCUUUGUGUCUCUCAGAAAGGGCAGCAGUGGGGGAAAGAGUAAUUUGGUACUUGACUGUAGGCCUCCUUAUCUAGUGUUUGAUUAUCAGUGCUGGAGAAAAAAUGUAUGGAGUAUUCAUACAGGACAUUUCACCUUUCUAGAUUAUCUCCCUCCCUUAUACUGUGAUUCACUUAAAUAUCUAUAUAUAAAGUACAGUCUUGAGCUACAGGUAGCCUGAGAGUCCAGAGGCCUUUAGUUAAAGGAAUCUAGCCAGCGAACAUAAUUCUCAUACUAAACUGCCACAAGGAAGAAGUUAACUUACCCUGUAUGUCAGGGUCCAAAAAAAUUUAAAGAUGUGCCUAAAUGAAAAAAUAAGUUAUAAAGAUUUAGGCCAGUCAAAAACUAACAGCAGUUUCAGGUAGAGGUGCAUGCCUAAUGUAAACCAGCAUAGUUUCCAUUUACUGCGUUCUUUUCAUCACUGAAAUAAAAACUUCUACAAGAUUCAAAAAAAAAAAAUUCACCGAUUAAAGUAAGUGUACAAUUCACUAGUUCUUAGUAUUUUCACAACCAAUAUUGCUAUCUAAUUCCAGAACAUUUUUGUCACGCCCCCACGAAGAAAUCUUGUAUAUGUUAGCUGUUACUCCCUAUUUUCCCCUCCCCAACAUCCCCUGGCAUCCGCUUAUCUACUUUCUGUCUAUAUGGAUUUGCUCAUCCUGGACAUUUCAUAUACAUGGAAUUAUACAAUAUAUGACCUGUUGCUAUUGGCUUGAAAUAUUUCUCCCUUUAAUAGUCUCAGUUUUUCGGACUUCCCUGGUGGUACAGUGGUUAAGAAUCUGCCUGCCAAUGC